AUGACGUUAAGAUUUGUGGACAUGCAUGAGUUGAGACGUUCUUAUUCCCUAGACGAGCGCGGCAAUUUUUCGAUGCCAUUUUUCCAUAAAGUGAAAAAGGAAGCUAUCGAUCAGUUUUAUGGAGAGAUUGAAUGUUAUGAGAGAAUUGAGGCGUACAAUAAGCUUCAUCCUGGAUCUGAUGAGAGAAUUCAUUGCCCUCGAUUUAUAACCUAA